AUGCGCUCUAACGGUGCCGUACACAUUCGCAACGACACCUUCGUUGCGGUCACACGCGAUUGCAACAGCCACAUCUUUCUCGUAACGAGUGCUUUUCCAAACGAGGAACGUGUGGCUCCUCUAAGGCUGACGCGUAGGACGCGCAUCACACCCAAUUCUUCUCUGAGCUACAAUGCGACGGGGGUCGAACGUUUCACUGAGUCAUACCGGAAAUACUCUGAGGAAAGGGUCAAAGAAGCUCAUGCUAAUAUGACCGCUCCGUUAAAAGUAUCGAGCAAGGUACCUUUCCCACAUUCCGUUCAGGAGGAGCGUGUGAGGGGAUCUGUUGAGGCUGACCACAGAGCCAUUGCCCUUAAGCCACCACCCCUUGAGCUUGGCAAGUCCACCCAGGAAGUGAUGGACUCCACGGAGGACACGGACUGGGCUUUAUUUCUGCGGCACAGUCUUCACGUAUCGCCCGAUGCGCACCGUAUUGCUGCGAUGAGCAACACCUGCCAUCGACAUUACAUUAUCAACAUCGGUGAGCCUACCGAUAUCUUCCCUUUUGAAACCAGUGAAACGGUCCGUAGCGUGUGUUGGCAUCCCGAGCAAACCCACUUAUUGCUGCUUUUGUUGGUAUCAGGGGUGUUUGUGGUGUAUGAUACGACAGCAUUGAGCUUUCGCUCUUCGUCUCGCCCUGUAUACCAAGUGUUUCUUAAAUCAUUAAUUCGUAGUGUCCUAGACCGUGAAGCAUCCGGAUCUUUACCAAACAAGUCAAAGACAAAGUCAGCGUCUCGUAUGGGGACAUCGCAGUCAUCCCACAUUGCUUUGGUAGAAGAGGCAGCCGCACUUAGAACAAGAGAGGGGGAGGCGGCUUUGGUAUCUUAUAAUUCGCCUCGUUCUUCAGCGAAGGCACACAAGGUUUCCAUGCUUAUUGACGAAUUGGGAAUGCCCACCAAGGGGCCCGACAAGGGCGCCGCCAGCACAUGGGCAAAACCAAUGUCCAACUCUCGUGUUGGGAUACUGCGCGAUGUCCAGGAGGCCCACCGGUCUGGACGAUCCACGCUGCAGCGGCCGUUUUCGAUGUUGCCCGGUGCAGCUAGUCGUACUGAGGACCCCUCGCAUCGUUCAACGCACACCGUAAAGCUCAUUGAAGGGGCGGCGGCAGGAGGACGUGACGCGACGUCCUCGAGGGCUGCUUCCCUCAGCCCGACGAUACCCCCUAAAGAGGAGGGGGGCGUUGAGCGAACGCGAGCGGCGUCAACGGUGUCGCCAGCGCCGUCGUUACCUUCGGCGUUGCGGGAGGUGGCCCUGCACGAGAACUCCGUGAUGGGGCUGGCUACUACCCGCGAGGAUCCACCCGGUUCGAGCGAAGCCUCAGCCCUGGAGCUCGUGGAUAUGUGCUGUGUGCGGCCAACGCGGGGCCUCCCGACGACUCUUCUCCUCCUCUGCAGAGGGGGGGAUGUGUUUACGGUGAAGUUAGAUGGCCUCGGUGCCCUUGCGACGGGUGCGGCCGUUCCGCGGGAUGGGAGGCUGCCGCUGAGUGCCCAAGAAGCCAAGGCGGUGCGUCAGCGGGAUGGUGAGUGGGUGCGGAUGCCGGAUAUCCACCACCUCCUACCGAGCAGGGCCCACUUCGGCGCCGGUGAGGACACCGAGGAGGCUCUAGCGUUGACCUGCUUUUGCAUCGACGAGGAUGCGGGCACCCACGUGCUGUUGGUAUGCUUGUCCAGCGGCGUUCUGCGCGGGGUCUACGUCGAUGAGCCCGACCUGAUCGCACGGGAUCGGGCGUCUUCGGCGGCCCCACGGCCGCCGGACGGCCGGGCGUCCUUUCAGCUUCACCUUUCCCCCGCGGUGGAGGUGCGGGGGCUGGUUUCUCCCGCCACCGCGCCGACGACGACGCACAGCGUCCAGCUCAUGACGGUGGGGAACGUCUGCCUGCUGCGAUACGGCCUGGAUGAGGCUUUUGUGGUUGCGAUCCCUGUUUGGAGUCGGGCGCGUGGGGGGUGGAGUUAUUAUUGCCCUCCUUGCGGCCACCCCCAGAGGCGUGAGGCCGAGGCGGGGCGGUUAUGCCUGGGCGGGGUGACGUCCGAGGUGCCGCCGCCGCUGGCAGUGCGGGUGCCCUACGACGUAGCGGAAGCCAGCCUCGCGCUAGGGGAUACGGAGCUGUUGCUCGUCCCUGAGAUGAAGGAGAAGGGGUCGACGUGCCUGCGGGAGCACAUCAUCGCCGUCAAGGUCGCGAGCCUGUUGCAAUCCGCACUCUACGCCCAGGCGGGGGACCUGCGGUGCUGCUUCGACCCGGGGCUGCCCCCAGGGGAGAGUAAGCCGCACAGCGAUGCGAAGACAUCAUCAGCUGACGAGAAGGCCCUUGCGAAGGAGACUUCCGUAAAUGAGUUGGAAGGGUUGUUGAAUAACGUAGCGAAGUGCCACCGACAGUGGUUGUGCGGCUUCCCUCCGGAUGAGGUCGAUAUCAGCACCGCCAGGCUGGCGGAAGGCACCGAAAGGGCUAUUACGGUAUGUAAAAGAGAGGAGCAACUUCUGGAAGUUCGAGAGGCGAAACUCCACGCACGGCUGGAGGCGUUAGGUGAGAGAGUAAGUCAGGGCAUGGCGCGCCUGAAUGCGUGGACGGAUACCCUCCUUGACGUGAUUGUGCACCGCCGCGGGGCAAGGUCAAUCGUCGCAGCCAAUGAGCGUCUGGGUGAGAUUCAUAAGAUGUUAUGUGAGUACGAAAACGGGAAAUCCACAUUCGCGCAUAUUAAUGCAUAA